AUCACAACUGCGAACCCAACACUUGAUCACAAGCAAAAAGAAGCAUUGCCCUAGCCCCAAAUCAGGACUGGUCCGUCUGUCAGUGCAACACCCAAGCCAAGAUUCCCGGCGCAGGGUUCCGACCAAAGCUGCCCCGGAGUCGGCACAUGCUGUGUUCCCUGACGGCGAUGCAUGCAGUCGGUGUCUUGGAUUUCACGGCUUUUCUUUUAUACAAAAAAACCGAUACAAAUCAACGGGAGUGGAGGUGGCUGCGGGGUUUCGGUCGGGGUUCCGCACAACCCCAAAACCCCACCCCCACGCAAGCAAUGGACAAGGCUGCUGGCUCCCAGUUCCUGGCUGAAUCACAUGCCAAAAGCACCGCCUUUUCUCAGCUCAGCAUGAUCAAGAGCAGCGACACCCCGUGA